AUGUCAGCAAAAGGAAAAACCGGUCGCAAAAAAGCUGUUAAGGGAACUUCAAAUUCCGCAAAGGCAGGACUUCAAUUCCCAGUUGGAAGAAUUGGAAGAUAUCUUAAAAAAGGAAAAUAUGCAAAAAGAGUAGGAGCAGGUGCACCUGUAUAUUUAGCAGCCGUUUUGGAAUACUUAUGUGCUGAAAUUUUAGAAUUAGCUGGAAAUGCAGCAAGGGAUAAUAAAAAAUCAAGAAUAACACCAAGGCACAUACAAUUGGCUGUAAGAAAUGACGAAGAAUUGAAUAAAUUCUUAGCAGGUGUUACAUUCGCCUCUGGAGGAGUUUUACCAAACAUCCAUAAUGUAUUGUUACCAAAAAAAUCCCAAUUAAAAUCAGGUGCCACAGCUAACCAAGAUUAUUAA